AUCGUCGUCUUUGCUGGCCAUUGGCUUUCUUUUCUCCUCUCCUGAUCCCUUCCUUUGCUCUUACCCAUCGUCCCGCUUAGAGCGCGGUCACCGUUAAGGUCAUGGCUAAAGGUUUCUUUGGAGCCCUCAAGGGCGUCGAUGCCUUCGGAAAGACUAUGGAAGAUGUGAAGGUCAAGACGCGUACUGGCGCGUUCUUGACCCUUAUGGCCGCUGCUAUCAUCCUGACAUUCACGACGAUGGAAUUCUUUGACUAUCGUCGAGUCACAAUGGACACCUCCGUGGAGGUCGACAGAAGUAGGGGAGAAAAGCUGACUGUGCGUAUGAACGUGACGUUCCCGAGAGUACCAUGCUAUCUGCUCUCUUUAGACGUCAUGGACAUCUCAGGCGAAACUCAGCGCGAUAUCUCGCAUAAUAUUGUCAAAACGCGACUCAAUUCAGACGGUACCCAAGUCCCUAAUUCGGCAAACAUGCAGCUCAGGAACGAGCUCGACAAGCUGAACGCUCAGCGUCAGGAUGGUUACUGUGGUUCCUGCUAUGGUGGAACCCCUCCAGAGGGCGGGUGCUGUAACACUUGUGAUCAGGUUCGGGAAGCGUACGUGCAGAGGGGAUGGAGCUUCGGUAAUCCAGAUUCUAUCGAGCAGUGUGUUCAAGAGCAUUGGUCCGAAAAGUUGCAUGAGCAGUCGUCGGAAGGAUGCAACAUCUCAGGACGCGUCCGUGUCAACAAAGUCAUCGGCAACAUCCACCUCUCUCCCGGAAAAUCCUUCCAAAACUCCGCCAGUAGUAUCUACGAACUUGUCCCGUACCUGAAGGACGACAAGAACCGUCACGACUUCAGUCACAUCGUUCACUCCCUGACAUUUGGUGCAGAUGAUGAGUAUGAUUCGAGAAAGACGAAGAUCGCGAAUGAGAUGAAACAGAGGAUGGGUCUUGACAGCAACCCAUUGGACGGAUACCACGCAAGGACGAGUCAGCCAUCGACGAUGUUCCAGUACUUCCUCAAGGCUGUCUCAACCCAAUUCAGGACCAUCGACGGCAAAGUUGUCAAUACCCACCAGUAUCAAGUCACUCACUAUAAUCGCGAUGCUGGCAACCCGCAAGAUAAAACGAACCAGGGUGUAAACGUCAUGCACGGCAUCACCGGUGUACCCGGUGCCUUCUUCAACUAUGAGAUCUCUCCUAUUAAGGUCAUCCACGAAGAGACCCGACAAUCCUUUGCUCAUUUCCUCACCUCAACAUGUGCCAUCGUCGGUGGAGUCCUUACCGUCACCUCCAUCUUGGAUAGCGUCCUCUUCGCGGCCAACCAGAGGUUAAAGAAGAGUGGCGUCUCUAAUGGCAGCGCUAACACAGGCAAGCUGAUGUAAAUUCGUUUGUUGUACAUACAUACCGUCUGGAUUGUGCUGUUUGGGAUGUGGGGGCGAAGGGCGGCCCACUUGGCUGAAUGCAUUGGGUCACAAUGGUACAGGGUUUCGAGUCUCAGGAUGUGGUUCCGAGUCUGUUCGGCUCGGAUGUAUCACUGGAAUAAUUUAUUGUCUAGCGCAUCUGUGUGGAAAAC